CUCAAGCUUUUUUGUAGCAGAAGAAGGCCGGGAAAAAUACAAGAAUAUUGCGGUGAAGUGGACGAGGCUCCAUAUUUCGAGAGGCGCGAUAUGGACAACAAUUCAGUGCUCGAGUCGCGUGGAACUCCGCGGCCCAAGCCCCAGCUAUUCACGCUAGAGCAGCGGCAGAUCUUGCUCAAGUAUUUCGACGAGUGUGGCAUGACCUCGACCCAUCGCCGCAACACAGACAUAGUCCAGAGAUGUGCCAAUGAAGUAGGCACCACCGUUGAAAGAGUCAAGAACUGGAUAGGGUCAGAGGCAGUCAAGAGGAAGAAGAAGGCUGGGAUUCUCCCGAGACCAAAGAUAGAGCUGAUCGGGACUGCCAGUUCUCCUCAGACCAGACUGGUCACCAGCCCACCAGCCAAGAAGAUCAAAAGAGUCAAUGGCUACAACCUCUUCUUUUCUGACACUGUCCGCUCCGGCCCUGAGAUCAGCACCGACUUCCGAGAAAGGAAUGCGACGGUGGCCAGGAAGUGGGCGGAGCUAACAGAGGAUAAGAGGAAGGAAUGGGCUGCCAAAGCCGAGGCUGUCUGCACCUCUUCCAUGCAGCAGCUGGCGCGUGAUGAUGUGAAUGGGGAGGGGUCACGAGAGGGGGGCGGAGAAGGAAACGUAGUCCACACCCUACUGGGUGGGGCAGCAGGGGUGGGAACUGGGCUAGGGGGUGUGGUCAAUCCCGAGCUGGCUGGAGGAACAGAGGAAGCUCUCAUUGAGAAGACACUGCUCUCAAUUCAGGAGAAGUUUGAUCUGCUGGAGCAGGUGGGGUUUGAGGGCUAUGCGGUGCUGGUCAACACCACAGAGCUCCAGUCACAUUUCCUCGCCACCUCGAAAGGCAGGACCUUCCACAAGUUGAGGCAGAGUCAGGCCAAGCCGCUCGAGAACCCUUUCAUUGGACACGUCUUCACUGAGGAACCAGAGGGCAUCCAAGGGAGUGGACUGAUGACGGCUCUGUCUGCACUCUGGCUCUCAGAAGAGACUCAACACACUCUCUCAGCGCUCACAGUGUGGAGACAAGCAUGCAGAAAUCUGUCCUCCAACGCCUUCGCCCUCAAAUUCAAGGUGGCAACAGGGAGAGCCGACAUUCCCUAUGAGAACCUUGGUCAGCAGGGGGUCCAGGUGUACGGGAAAAUGCCCCCCGAGUCCCGUUCCACAACCCCCUCCUCUACAACAGCAGCAGCUCCAGCCGAUCCUGGCCAACUGGAGAGAUCGCCUCCUCAAACUAAUCUCACGACUCGUCGUCCAGGUAUCAGAGGUGAAUCUCUGCGAUACUGUGGCCGCCUCCUCGUCGGAGGCCACACCCACCACCUCCAUCUUUCCACUGAGGAGGACCCUGCUCAAUGACAUCAUAAUUACUGCACUCUCUCACUCUCACAGAUAUUGUAGAAUGAAGCCCCCAUGUACAGUUCAUGUCAAUACGUAACAGUAUAUUCCCUAAAGGCUUUUUGUCAUACUCUCCAUGAAUAUUUUUUUGUUAG